CAGAGACAGAAACGACAGCACAGACAGCAUCGACCGGAGUGCGGUGGUGGCACGUGUGCACAGACACACACAGGGUGGUGCCUGUCCCGUCGACAUGCUUGCUUUGCGGAAGACCCAAAAAGAGUUGAUCGGAGAUUGUGCGAAAAAGUCCGCCUGGAAGGUUUCCGAGGGAAAAGAGUUCAGGCACCGAGAGAGGAAAAUCCGCGUGGAGAAGCGUGGAGAGAUAUCGUGGAGAAGGGAAACAUAAGAGGUAGCAGUGAAGGGGCUGGUAGAGGUGAGAGCUUGUUGAAGUCAGUUUGGAUCCAUUGCGGCGACGAUCCACUGAUCGUAGAUCGUACAAGCCGGAUCCGCCGCAAAUUGCCCACAGCGGAGGACGCAGCAGCAGCAGCAGCAGCAGCGGCAGAGGCAGCCGCACGUACCGACGAGAGGGCAACAUCGGAACACGUGUGCGCGACACACACACGUGGUCUCGGAGAAAAGUUUUCGAGAGAUCCAAACAAAAGCUCGAUCGGAGAUCCUGCAGCCUCGCUUCUGUUUCGAGACACGCGUGCUGGGAGCACACACACACGUGGAGGCCCGAACGGAACUGUGCUCACGACCCCGUGAUCGAUCGGAGAUUGAGCAAGGCGGUCGCUAGGUCCAGCAGCAGCAGACGGAGCCGAGGUACAGAGAGCAGGAUUGGGUGCAAAGAGUUUCUAGAAGAUCUCUGAAACCUGAACAGAAGAUUGACAGACGUCAAAGGAAUGGCAGAUCAUUACUGAGUAGAAACCUUUGAACGUACGUCGGCGGCAUGCACAUGUUCCGCGCCGAGUUGUUUUCGUUGACUGUUUUGGCGUCUUCCUUAGGAGUGCGACGAGAAAGGACCCUGGCUCUUGCGGUUGAAGGUGGCGGGGAAGUAGGAACAGGGGGUGGCAGUGUCGGGGGUCUGGGGGAACAUGGGCUUGAAUGGGGGUUGCCUCAGAAAGAGCAAGACGGCGGGUGUUUCUCUCUUGGUGUGACCGGUGGCAGUAUCGAUCAGCAAUGCCGCAAAGACGUUUGUGCGCCGAAAUAUGGGUGCGACAGCUUUAACCUAACCACUUCGGUGGAAAGCGGAUUUCUGUUCGAUACGGUGUCGGGAGUGCUAAGGGGGGAGGGCUUGGCCCUUGUGGUUGCAGGUGGUGGUGGGGGUGGUAGUGUCGGGGGUCUAGGGGAACAUGGGCUUGAAUGGGGGUUGCCUCAGAAAGAGCAAGACGGCGGAUGUUUCUCUCUUCGUGUGACCGGUGGCAAUAUCGAUCAGCAAUGCCGCACAGACUUUUGCGCGCCGAAAUAUGCGUGCGACAGCUUUAACCUAACCACUUCGGUGGAAAGCGGAUUUCUGUUCGAUACCGUGUCGGGAGUGCUGAGGGGGGAGGGCUUGGCCCUUGUGGUUGAAGCUGGCGAGGAAAUUGGAACAGGGGGUGGCAGUGUCGGGGGUCUGGGGGAACAUGGGCUUGAAUGGGGGUUGCCUUAGAAAGAGCAAGACGGCGGAUGUUUCUCUCUUCGUGUGACCGGUGGCAGUAUCGAUCAGCAAUGCCGCAAAGACGUUUGUGCGCCGAAAUAUGGGUGCGACAGCUUUAACCUAACCACUUCGGUGGAAAGCGGAUUUCUGUUCGAUACGGUGUCGGGAGUGCUGAGGGGGGAGGGCUUGGCCCUUGUGGUUGAAGCUGGCGAGGAAAUUGGAACAGGGGGUGGCAGUGUCGGGGGUCUGGGGGAACAUGGGCUUGAAUGGGGGUUGCCUUAGAAAGAGCAAGACGGCGGAUGUUUCUCUCUUCGUGUGACCGGUGGCAAUAUCGAUCAGCAAUGCCGCACAGACUUUUGCGCGCCGAAAUAUGCGUGCGACAGCUUUAACUUAACCACUUCGGUGGAAAGCGGAUUUCUGUUCAAUACGGUGUCAGGGGUACCAGGGAAGACGGGGCCGAGUUUUGUUUGCUUUCGGGUGGAUGAGGUUGCGGUUUUGUUCGUUUUUCUCCGUCUAAGGUUCGUGCCUAGAGUUCAGCUGUAGUGUUUCGACCAAAGUUUUGUUGACUUAGAGGCAAACAUUCCUAGCUAUUGGGCAUCGAUUUAAUUUGGCUUGGCAUGACGGCCUUUACGAUCGACUUUUUAUGUAUGUCUGCAUUUAUCUGCAAUUGUCGGAGGGCAAACAAAAUAA